AUGACCUUCCAAUUCGUGCAGGCUGCAGGCAUGCGUGGAUUGAAGCUCACCUGGGCGACGGUCAACGGCCACCAAGACAGUUCACUCAUGUCCACGGCGGAUCUGAAAAAGUUGCCUCGAAGGAAGUGGAUGAAAGGCUCCCAUAAACCGCCCUUAGAACGGAUGCCGCUUGGGCCCAUUGAUACGCUUAGCGACAAUGAGACCAAUGAUGUGGCCGCUCCUCCGGGGCCCCAGAAGAAGAAAUCGGUCUUCAAGAUCCUUCAAGAUCAAGAUCGAGAGUCUUGCAGAGGCUCAAGGCACCUCCGAUUCCUGGGACACCCGGUGUGCAAUCGGGCCUUCAUGAAGAUCUUUGGGUUGGGAAAGCAUCGCUUCAAAACCUUGAGCACGGCAGCCCGAAAGGGAGAAGAAUUCUGCCCAUAUGAUGGUAGAUGCAUUAUUCGGGGAAAACGGACCCCAUCUUUGAAGUGGGAAAAGGUUCAUGGAUUCCUGAUGCAACUCUACUUAGAAGCAGCCGAGCCGAUACCCGAUGGGUUGAACUCUAAUAAGAGACCCCGUCAUGGUGACAAGAAAACUGAUGCCCCGGAUCUUGAUCGUUCUCAAUUGAAACACCUUCCACAUGGCACCAUCAAUGACUAUUGGCGGCAGUGUGCAGCUGCCUUACCAGAUCUUGGGGUAAGUUUGGCAAAGCGAUUUCGAGCAUUUGCUCCGGAUUCGGUUCUACUCCCACCACUCUCGGAGAGCACAGCAUGCAAUGCUCCACCGCCACCUCCAGCGUCAGCUGAAGGAAUUCCAAGAGAGACAGUGGAUUGCAAAUUUUGGGACAAGUAUGGCUACACACCAAGCCCUUCGGAUGUCAUCUUGAGGACGAAGCAGUGGAUGAGCGAUGGAUCUUGGCAGCCCCACAUGUUUCUUUUCCUUCCGGCCUCGGUUGCACGUGCAGUGCAGGGCUUCAUCGAGCCGCCCGUGAACGCCCAGUCUGAUGACAACAAGGCAUUGCGCAAAUAUGCUGGAUUGAUGCGCGGGUACCCGUUUGAGAUGCACGAUGCAGCCUUCCAACUGGAGAACAUGUCUUAUGGAAUGCUGGACCAUUCCAUGCUGGAUGUCAGCUGGAAUGCCUCCGAAGAAGAAGUCAUCUGGCGGCACGACAACGUGACACAGCAGAACAUGACCAUGGACAAAUUCCUUGAGGAUGCACUGGUCUUGGAGGUUCGGGAUGCCAUCAUGGACACCCAGAAGCAGUUCUUCGAGUUCAUUGAAACUGAGACUUACUCCAGCGAGGCGGAUUUGGUGAAGGAUGGAGCCAGUCUUUUCUUGAGGCCAUGGCAGUGUCCUUUCAGAGGGGACUACGGGCUGAGGGGCACCGCUGAUGGAAGGGCCUUCAUGGUGAAGGGGUGGAACCGCAGCGUCUGCAUGCUGACGGUUUUGUACGCGUGUUUCCAAGAGAAGGGGCUGCUACAGGAACUGCCAGCGGAAGUUCGACAGUCCUUCGCAGUUGUCUAUGCUACCGCGGUGCAAUCUGAUGGCAAUCUUGUUGUCAACACAAACCGCGGUGUGACCCUUCAGGGACAGCUACGCCGGAAGCCAAACGCCUUCAACCUCUUACAUCAGCUGGAGUUCUUGGAGCGCACUGGCCUCAACCAGGACAUGUCCAUCAAGACUCUGGAGGCACACGAAUCGGUGUCGAAGUUCGCAACAGCAUACUCACUGGGUGACAAGGAAUCCCGGGCAGCCAUCAAUUUGCUUCGGAACAUCCCCGGUUUGGUGAAGGAGGGAUUGAUCGAGCUGGUUCGGAGAUAUUCACAACCCAAGUUCCUGACCCAUGAAGCUUUAGCUGACAACCUCAUGAAUUUGGGGCACAGUACCGCAACUGGAUUCUUACUUCCAUGGAGAACCGCUUUGACCAACACGAAUGGUUUGCUCGAGCUGAUGCUGCUCCGCAUGGAGCGUGAUUUCACUUCAACAUCCCCAAAGUUUCGCAAGGCAUGGAAUUCCAAAGAGCUGGACACUUGA